UCGUGUACAGAAGAAAUAACACACUUCUGUGGAUGUUUUCUUCCCGGACUGUUUGCGACGUUGUAGAUAAGAAGAGCAUAAUUGAAAGGGAACAACCCUAUUCGUUUGUUUUAUUGUAAUAUAUUUAAUUUCGUAAUAAUAAACUCAUAAUUUAGCCUUGAUGUGUAACUAUGUAGCUCGUGAGCUGUUCAGCUGACUAGGAAGUAAAUUACUAGUUAUCAGAACUGGGAAAUAAUAGUUUCAUUUUGUAGUAUUAUAGUAUUUUAGGCGUUUUUAUUUAGGCAUCAUGCACAGAAGAGGAGUCGGAGCUGGAGCGAUCGCCAAAAAGAAACUUGCAGAGGCAAAGUAUAAAGAGAGAGGAACUGUCCUUGCUGAGGAUCAAAUUGCACAGAUGUCAAAACAACUGGAAACCUUUAAGACCCAUUUGGAAGAGUUUGCCAGCAAACACAAACAAGAAAUCCGUAAGAACUCUCAGUUCAGGGUGCAGUUCCAAGAGAUGUGUGCCACCAUAGGGGUUGAUCCACUGGCAUCUGGAAAAGGAUUUUGGUCAGAGAUGCUUGGAGUUGGAGAUUUCUACUAUGAGCUUGGUGUACAGAUCAUUGAAGUCUGUUUAGCUCUAAAACACAGAAACGGCGGUCUCAUCACACUGGAUGAACUUCACCACCGUGUCUUGAAAGGAAGAGGGAAGUUUGCACAAGAUGUGAGCCAGGAUGACUUAGUGCGGGCCAUCAAGAAGCUCAAGGCUAUGGGAAAUGGCUUCGGGAUGAUUCCCGUUGGAGGCUCUUAUCUAGUCCAAUCUGUCCCAGCAGAGCUCAACAUGGAUCACACUGUUGUCCUUCAGCUAGCAGAGAAAAAGGGCUACGUGACAGUGAACGAGAUCAGAGACAGCCUCAAGUGGGAGAGAGAGCGGGCCAGUCACGUUCUUGAUCACCUGCUGAAAGAAGGCUUAGCAUGGCUGGACUCCCAAGCUGCGGGGGAGCCGCAGUACUGGCUUCCUGCUCUGUUCUCGGAGCUGUUAUCGCGAGACGUUACGCCUGAGGAGGCCAACCAAAUGACACCUUGAGAAUAAGACAUUAUUUUGUAAAUACAUUGUCAUGGUGGAUAGAGGCGAAGGUCAAAGAAUGUUGCGAGUCAAGCUUGUUUGAGAGGAAAAACAGUGAAAAUGGAGAAUAAAAGCAUCUAUUUAGUCACAUUUCUCACGAUAUGUUUAUUAUUCCAAUGCCUGAGUAACCACUGGAAAAAGUUUGGGUAAAUAAGACCAUGCCAGUUGUUAUUAUAUAAGUGCAAUUUAUCUUGCAUCUGUAUUAUAUCUACUAUCUUUUUUUUUUUUUUUUACUUAAUUGGACAUUUGGUUCCAGUUUCUUAAGUGAUAUUUCAAUCAUUACCUAAUAAUAAU